CCCCUCGACUAUCAAGAUGUUUCCCCUAAGAAUGCUGAAUCCAAGUCUUCUGAUGAUUCUCCCUGUAUAAACUCCAAAACUCUCUCAUGUAUACGGAUUAUAGCCAUCAUGGCGUCUCGAUGUCUGGUAAGAUCGGCACCUCCUCUUGCAUCUCGUUCGGAGAUUGAAGUUGGGCCCUGUUCUGGUCUCUCUCGUUGGAAACAUCCUGACAUCGAAAUCGAUUAUAUAACAUUUCGUGGAAAUGCCCCAGCCUCUUUUUCUUUGUUGGAGAAGGGAAUUGUGAAUAUAAGAGACCUCCCCCAUGUACUUUGGAUUGACGUAGUUUACAUUUACUUCUUUAAAUGAAUAAAUUGAAAUUAAGUUUAACAUUAAGAAGAAUUAUAAUAAGAGGAAGAAAGUAUACAGCUUUAAUACAUGAUUUAUAUUAUACAUGAUUUACCUAAAACUUAUAUAAUUUUAAAUCAAAAUAGUACCCUCAUCGUUUACGGUUUCAAAUAAAUUUAACCGACUCCAAUUAACACUGCAUCACUUAAAUACAUCUUGAAUUAUUUUAUAAUAACAUUGAUAGAAAUUGGUGGAUACACUGAACAUGAAAUUCUAUUUUUAUACAUAUAAAAUUAAAUUUAAUAAUCACAUUAAUCCAUAGUAUAUUAAAGGUUACCCAUCCACCACCAGGUUUACGGCCCCUGCCCGUCUUCGUAUUUUUGCAAUUUUCUCUGAGCACGUUCUACUAAACUGAUAUCAUUGCUUGUAAGCCAAUACUCCCCCAUUUGCAGGAAAAAAUGGGGGUGAAUCGAGUUUAUCACAUUCGAGUUGUGAAAUCAUAGGUGUUUUUUUAAAAUAUUUUUAUCGACCCUUUUCAUUUCGAAACAUGUGCCCGUUUUAUGUCGUUUGGGUCCUCCGCGUUCUGAAUUUGAUACGUUACAGGGGAACUUUUCUUUACCACUAAAUAGGGUUUUGAGUAUUUAUAACUUAAUUUAUAGGAUAUUCCUUUUGCUUUAUUUGAAAGUGUGUAAAGUUUUAUCAGCACAGUGUCUCCUAUGUUUAGUGUACAUUGUUUAUGUUUAGUAUCAUAAUAAUUUUUGAACUUUUGGUGGGCACGCUGCCCGGUUUGAUUCGUCGAAUUCUAUUUCCCAUUCUAGGUGAAUUGGUGUUAAUAAUUUCCUCCCUAAAAAUAAUUCGUCCGGGGAAUAACCCGAUGAUGAAUUUACCGCCGUGUUGCAUGCAAUUUGGAGCCAAGAAAGAUUAUAUGACCAUCUUGACUGGUCUUCUGCAUAAUAAGCUACUAAAGCUGUUUUUAUGUCCCGCAGUCUGCAGGACAGAGCAGCAAAGGGACUGUCAAAGGUGUUGCUGCUGGACAGAGCAGCGAAUGGACUGUCGCAUCGGCAGGAUCUUAAGGAUUCACAGGAGGUAGUGGAGGAAAUGGCGUAGGGGUUGACGAUCUCAUCGCCCAAAGCGUUGUCUGCUUUGCAAUCAGUCGCUAUUUCGUUAUUUCCUUUGUAAUUGUAUCUUUGCAGGGCCCAUUCUCAAUCCAACAAUCCUAUCCCAACCCUUGGUUGCAAGGGGGCUUUCCAGGCAAAAAUUAAUGGUGUAGCCCCUCGGAUGGGGCAAGUGGGGAAGAAGGCCGUUUGGGUCCUUAGGGGCUUGGACAGUUCUUCUACACCAAGCUUGCGGGCCGUUAGCAGAGGUGCAUCGCCUCCCACCUUGAGAAACAAAGGUCUGAUAAGGCCAUGUGCCAGGUGCGGGCGAUAAAGAACCUCAUUGUCUUUUUCAAGACGACGCGAUCCACAAGGGAACUUCAUAUCAUCUUGAGAUACACGUGAGUGUUGCGGGUUUGCCUAUCCGACGGAUUGAAGGGGCACAGCAGUGAAAGAGACCCGCAUAACGAGUGUGAUUUGCGGGUUUGCGUUUUCUUGUUAAUUUCGGAACUAGAAGUGUGAAAAGCUUUAUUUUAUUACAGUUAAGCUAUAAUUGCUUGGAACUAGAGAAAAUUUUUUGUUAAUGCCCCUUUUUUUUGUGUUUUGGACAUUAUUGGUGGAGGUUGUGUUUUCUUAUUUUUAUAUAUUAUUAGGUGAUAGGAACUAUUAGUUAACUGGUGUGUAGCCGUUAAGUUGCGAAUUGAGUAUCUUCAGUGUACUGGUGACUACAAUGACUAAAAGUUCAUUGGAGUACUAAAGUGUACGCCAACUGAGGAGGUUCCGACUAAUAUGUCGGAACAUCCAGAAUUACCAACCAUGGAGGAAACGGACAUGAGUGUAGAGGUAAUCGCAGGUCACGGAGAAGGUUGUUGGGGUACGCCAAUUCCAGGGAGUAGAAAACGGACACACUCCUCCCCGUCAGUGCUAGAGGGGGCGAGUAAGUACGGAAUAUUGGACCUUUUGGUGAAUGCGAAAUCCGUGGAAGCGGAAGUGAAUGAGUGGCUAGCAAAGAGGAGAAAUUGCAGUGAGAAAACAGCGAAAUGGAUCACGAAUAGGCUCACAAAGAUCGUAGACUUGCUGAAUGAUGCUGCAGGCGAGAUGAUGACGGUGAGAAGCACAAAGAUGCAUAGGACAACAAAUCUAGAAGAAGAAAUAGAUGAAAUUAGAAGAGAUAAUGCUCGAAUAAUGGACAAACUAGAUCAGAUGACCUGGAAUAUAGAGGGAGGGAUGGAAACGGGAGUGAGAGGAAUAGAGAGAAUAGAGAGGAGGAUUGGGGAACAAGAAGGAGACAUAGAGGAAAUGAAGGAGAUGGUACGGAAGGAGGUACAAAAGAAUAUGCAGGAAGAGAUUGGGAAGGUACUCAAAGGAAAGGAGAAAGAAAAAAAGGAAGAGAAAAGAGUUAUGGUGGAAAGGAUAAAGGAAAUAGAGAACACACAAAGUCUGCAAAAUAGGAUACUAGGAGAGAUUAAGGAAAACAUGGACCGAGUAUAUACAGGAGUGAGUAAAGUAUAUCGGGGAGAACAGGAAAGGGAAGUGAGAAUGGAAGAAAGACAUCGGGAAAUGAUGGAGAAAUGGGGCGAGGAAAGGAGAGGAAGAGCGGCCCGCGAAACCACUGUUGGAAAUGGAAUGGAGACAGAAGGAGGAGAGGAAUCAUACGCGGCGGCGGUAAGGAAGAGAGUCAAGAGAAAGAUAGAAAGGAAAUCAAGGAAAGGAGUAAGGAUUACGAAAGAAGAACAAGGGAAAGAGAUUGGAGGAGAAAAAGUGAGGAAAGAGCUGAUGGGAAAUAUAGACCCAAUCAAGAAAGGCUGGGAGAUAGUAGGGUUCAGAAGAGGAAGAAACGCGGUAUUCGUAGACGUAAUGAAGAAGGAACAACUAAAAGGAAUAAUAGAGGAUACAGACCUGAAAGAGAAAGGCUUCAGAGUAGAAGAGCAGAGGAAACUAUUCCCAUGGAUAAUCCUUACAGGGGUUCCGGAGGAUAUAGGAAAGGAAGAACUAGGGAAGAGGAUUGAGGAAACGAUAGGAAGAACUAAGGAGGAGUUGGAAGGUCAAUUGAGGGUAAGAGUCUGGAGGGAUGCAAGGAGUGGGAAGAGGAACGUGAUUUUGGAAGUUAACCCGGAAACAAGGAGAGACUUAUUAAGGGUGGGAAGGAUAAGGGUAGGGUGGGUAUCCUGCCGAAUAGAGGACUUCACGACAGUGCUGCAGUGCGCGAAGUGCUUCGGAUUUGGGCAUAGGGCAGCAGUCUGUAGGGUCUGUCUGUCUGGUGUGUGGCAAAAGUGGGCACUUUUCGAGUGCGUGCAACGAAAGAGAGGAGGAUAGAGUAUGCGUAAACUAUGGAGGGAAGGAUCAUGGGAGCAGAAGCAAAGAGUGCCCGGUUUAUAAGGCAGCUGUCAAGGCAUGGAUGAGGAAAAUAGACUAAGGGGAGUAGGUUACGCGUAGGUCAGAUAAACCUGGGAAGAGGGAAAAGUGCGACGGGUGAAAUAAGAAGGGUAGCGAGGGAUUUGAAAUUGGACAUUUUACUGGUGCAGGAACCGUAUGCACGGAAUAAAGGGAUACCGGGAUUUGGGGAGAGGGAUAGAGUAUGUAUGGGAGAAGUCUCGGAAAGAGGCAACCCAAUGGCAAGUGUGGUGAUCUUGGAUGAAAGGCUGGAUAUUUGUCAAAUUGGAGCCCUAUCGAACCAAUACUGUGUUGUUGUAGGAAUAGGCACGGGGAGAGGAGAAGUAAUAUACUUCCUUUCGGCGUACUUCCAGUAUCGACAGGAAACAGCGAUACAUACAAGGGGAUUGGAACGGGUGCUGGAGGGUCUGGGGGAAGGUGCCGAUAAAGUAAUAAUAGGGGCCGAUGUGGAUACGUACUCGAGAAGAUGGUGGAGUGCGAAAACUGACCAUCGGGGAGAACAGGUGGAGGAGUUCAUAGCAACAAACAAUCUAGAGGUCAUGAACAGAAAAGGGAAUCUAUCGACAUUUCAUACUAAGAGGUCCUCUACUAAUAUAGAUGUUACACUGAGUGGAGCAGCGAUUCCAAGGAACAUUAAGGAAUGGAAUGUUAGGGAUGUGGAUGUGGGUACAGACCAUAGAUUGAUUUAUUUUGAGGUAGAGGUGGGGGACAGGAGGAGGAGACCGGGAAAGACAGGUAAAAACGGUAAAAUAAGCUGGGAGAGGUACAAGGAAGCGUUGAGCAACCUGGACGCAACAGGUAGCAGGGGAACCCUAGACGAGGAGAUCUAGAGACUAGAGGAGAGGAUCAGAGAGGCGGUACAAGUAGCACGGAGAAGAGGAGGGAAGCGAACUACGCUACAAACAUGGUAGAGUAAAGACCUGGGAGAAAGGAGAAAAGAAGUCUACAAGUUGAGAAGGAAAAUGCAGGGCACAAGAGAAAAGGAAAGGGAGGAAGAAUUGAGCCUAAGGUAUAAGGAGUUAAGAAGGAAAUAUAUAAUGGAGAUCAAGGAGGCGAAGGAGAAGGAAUGGGUGGCAGGAAUGGAGAAGGAGAGGAAAAAGGUAUGGGGGAUCAAAGUAUAAAAAGGAGGUGGGUAAGGUAAAGGAAAAAGGAGUUUCGUAUUCGCUUAGAAAAGGCGACGCCCACACGCUGACUAUAAAAGAGACCCUGGAGGUGUUCCUGGAUAAAUUCAUAGGGGCAGAUGACCAGAGAUUAGAGAACCCAGAACAAAAAGAGAUUAGGAGAGAGCUUGAGGAACUGGAAAGGAAUAUACAGGAGGAAGAAGGAACCCAGGAAAUAGAGGAAGAGGAGGUCUUAGAAGCGCUGGGGAAAUUUAAGCAGGGGAAGUCACCAGGAAUAGGCGAAGUGACAAUUGAAAUGAUAAGGAGAGGGUGAGAUGAGUUAGCUGGAGAUGUAGUGUGGGUUAUGGAAGAAUGCCGACGGAGAAGAACGUUCCCUCAAAGGUGGAAAAUAGGUAUGUUGGUGAUGCUGCUAAAGGGUUACGAUAAGGAUAGGAGCCAGGUUGGCUCGUAUAGGCCAAGAUAUCUUCUCCCAAUGUUGGGGAAGUUGUGUGAGAGGAUCAUCUUGGUUGGAGCAAGUAAUCAGCAGGUCAUGGCGAGAGUAGCAGUUCGGGUGUCGAAAGGGAAGAUCAGUAGAAGACACACUACGUAGCGUAGACUAACAUGGUAAGUAGACUAACAACCAAAUAUGUGCGGUGUUUAUAGAUAUCAAGGGAGCCUUCGACAACGUAUGGUGGACAUUCCUAAAAUUGAGACUGAUUCGCCUAGGAAUAGGGAGAGAGGCAUAUGGUAUAGUGUCCAGCUACCUUAAGGAUAGACUCACGUGCAUCAGGGAAGGGACGCAAGAGGCAUGGAGAAAGGUUGAGAAGGGAAUACCACAAGUCUCGGUGCUGGGUCCGUAUUUCUGGUGCGUCGUUUUUAAUGAUCUGCUGGAAUACCUGGAUAAGGAGAGAGUACUGGCGAGAGCGUACAUGGAUGACCUGUGCUGUGUUGUGGGUGGCAAUUCGAGGAAGGAGUUGGAGGAAGGAGUUGGAGGAACGAGCUUCCGAAGUGAUGGGAAAGGUGAGUGCGUGGUGCAGCAAGGUAAAGCUACAAGUGUCGGAAGAGAAGACGGUAGCAGUCCUAUGGAGACCUAGACCUUGUUGGACAGGCACAGGCUCCCAGUAAUCGUACACCAAGGUAAAAGGAUUCAAGUGAGUAGUGAGUGUAGGCACCUGGGAGUAUGGGUAGGUGAGGGAAUUAAGCUGCACGGGCACGUGAAAAGGGCGUGUGAGAGCAUAGAUGAUAAAUGGCAGAAAAUCCUGAGACUGAGGAGGAAAGAAGAAGGUUACCAGUUCAGGGAAUUGAGAACUAUAUAUAAAGAGGUAGUAGAGUCACACUGGAGUUUCGCGGCAGGGUUCACCUACGAGCACUUAGACUGGUAGGACUGGAGACACCUAGAGAAGUGCCAGAGGAAGGUAUUGCUAGGACUUCUGGGGGCAUACAGGACCACACCCACCGCAGCAUUGCCUGUGUUAGCAAGGGUUCUACCAGUGAAAGAACUCAUAAGGAAAAUUAAGCUGGCAUACGAUAUGAGGAGAGGAAAGAUGGUAAGAGUAGGUGAGUGGAGGAUGGAUGAGGGAGCUGUGGAAAUUAGAGGAAGGCGGAAAGCCACAGAGAUGAUAGUAGAACAACUUGUGAAGGACUGGUAAAGGAAGUGGGAACGGGAGUCAACAGGGGCAAGAGUUAGGUCCCUCAUUCCAACAGUGUCAGAUUCGGGUUGUCCGAAUCCGAUAUGUGUGAGUGUGGUCGAGUGGACACUAUGGACCACAAAUUGUUCCAGUGCGUAUUGGCCGAUA